CGCCCCUGGCCCUGUGACCAGUCUCCACAGGUCUCAGCUGGUGGUUAUGGGGGCUUCCUAAGUGGGAGCCAGCGGGGAGCUGGCUUCCUUACCCUGUUUCUUUCCCUGGAGUUUGCCUCGUAUUUCCCUCAAGGUCGCUCCCAUCAGGACUGAGCCAUCCAGCUCUACCCAUAUCUAGAUCUCAUCAGGGCACUACUGUUUAUUUGCUUUGUUUCCAUUUUCCUGUUUCCUUUCUAGAAUAAGCCCAGUUCACAGCAGGAAACAUUAACAAAUCCCCCAAAACAGUCAGGAGGAUACCCACCAGAAGCAGGGGUCACUCAGCAAGCGUAAUUAUGAACUAUAAGGGAAGGGGAAGAGGGGAAGGGGCAAGCUGGUGAAGUCACAGGUUUUGAUAAAAGUCAAGGUUUUUAUACUCCUUGGCACUGAUGGACCUCUGGUAGGCCAUUGAGCUAUCUGAGGUUCUGCACAGCAAGCUUGUAAAUUGCCCUGUGUGACAAAAAUGACAAGGUUAAUAGUUGAUAAUUACAGGAACAGCAACAGGGACAUGGCAACAGCCUACCUUGACCAAAAGGAAGAAUGUGCUCAGCCCAGACAUUCACUGUUUGAAGUUUGUGGCUUUCUUUAAACUGAAGGGAAAGAGAAGUGUUUAAGCUUUUAGAGAAAACAAAUGACUGAUUUUACUGGGGUUGUAGGGGACAGCUUCUUCACAGAAGUGGUGACAGGUGGCACAUAGUGGCUCAAGCCUUUGGAGAAGCAGAGGCAGGUAAAUCUAUGAGAUUAUCAAGGCCAGCCUGGUCUACAUAGUCCCAAGCUAGCCAGGGCUACACAGUGAGAGCUUGUCUCAAGAAAAAAAAAAAAAAGUUACAGUAUCUAUAUUAUACAUUAGGAAUCUACACACACCCCUGGGAAUUUCCAUACCUGGAGCUAUUUUUCUGGAAUUAGAGGAAAGGGGAAUCCCUGCACUUGCUAAUUCCCACAGAAGAGUAGCAGCCCUGUUCUCAGUCCCACCCCCUGUACCCUCAGGUGGCCCCAAAUCCUCUCUGAAAGGGUUCAGUUCAAGUAUCAGCGUAGCAGCCUAUAAGACUUAGGGUAGGUAGAGAGUGUGGAAGGCUUAGAUUAAAUGUCUUGACCAUGGCAGGACCAAACUGCCCCACACAUAAAUUAGCUGAGCCGUAACUACCAUGAACUGUCCCAUUUGAGGUUAGGUCAACCCCAGACAUGAACUAAGACUCCUCAGAGCUCUUGGAUUAGUCACAGCAUUGAAGAGAAAACUUCACUGAGCUGUACCUGGCAGGGAGUCUGGAGUUUCUGGUUUGGAAGCUCUGGAAGGGAAGGCGUGAGGCAGGGGAGGGGCCUCCAGAUAGUGGGAGGGUUGGUGGCUGGGGCUGAGCCCUAGUCAGCUAUGCGGUGAGGGCUGUGGAAGCCCAGACGCGGUCCAGGACAGGGAGAAUACCGACACUCUCCUGAAAUCCAUGCAAGGGGACACUGCACUUUGACCACCUCAACUGCUACUCCCUGCAGUUGGCAUUCUGAGGUCUACAGAAGAUGGAGGUGCUGCUGGGAGUGAAGAUUGGCUGCCUGCUCGCCCUUCUGGUUCUCACACUGGGCUGUGGCCUUACUCCCGUCUACGUCAAAUGGUUCCAGAUGGAUGCAGCUACAGGUCAUCACCACAGGGUUCUGAGCCUCCUGGGCUGCAGCUCUGCCGGUGUCUUCCUGGGAGCAGGGUUGAUGCAUAUGACUGCUGAAGCCCUGGGGGGAAUUGAAUCAGAAAUUCAGAAAUUCCUGGUACAGAAUAGUACAGACAGUAAGGGGAACUCUUCUCAAGAUGCUGCUUCCAGUUACGUGGAGUAUCCCUACGGAGAGCUUGUCAUCUCCCUGGGCUUUUUCUUUGUCUUCCUUUCGGAGUCGCUGGCAUUGCAGUGCUGCCAUGGGGCUGCUGGAGGAUCAACAGUACAGGAGGAGGAAUGGGGAGGGACUCACGCCUUUGAAUUCCACAAACAUCCGCCUGUGCCCUCGCCCUCACGGGGUCCCCUCCGCGCCCUCAUCCUUCUGCUCUCGCUGUCCUUUCACUCCGUGUUCGAAGGUCUGGCAGUGGGACUGCAAACAACAGUGGCAGCUACCAUACAGCUCUGCGUCGCCGUUCUGGCUCAUAAGGGGCUCGUGGUGUUCAGCGUAGGGCUGCGGCUGGUGAAGAUUGGGACUGGGUCUCGAUGGGCCAUGUUCUGCAUACUGUCCUUAGCGCUCAUGUCUCCUGUGGGACUGGCUCUGGGGCUGACUGUGGCUGGAGGGGCCUCGGGGCCAGGGCGGGGAUUAGCCCAGGCUGUAUUAGAGGGCAUAGCAGCUGGCACAUUCUUAUAUGUCACCUUCCUAGAAAUUUUGCCCCGGGAGCUGGCUUGUCCUGAGGCCCCUCUGGCCAAAUUUGGCUGUGUGGCUGCCGGCUUUGCCUUCAUGGCCCUUAUUGCCUUGUGGGCCUGAGAGAGAGAUCCCUCACUGCUCUUUUGAACCUAGGAUAACUUCUCCUGAGGAGACCUUGCUCCUCAGACUUUUUUUCAGUGAGGCCAAACAUUUACUAGGCAUGGACUAACCCAGAUUUUAUAUACAGGAGACCCUGUUCUCGCUCAGGACCUAGAAAAGAUGUUUUGUCUGAGUGUCUGAUUUAACUGGAACAUAGGUAUUAAGACCAUCAUUCCAGAUUUGCUAUUAUUAUGUGUAAUAAAAUUCCCAUUUUACCCUUUCCCUUCAACCUGAUUGUAAGUCAUGUCUCUGAUAGGGGAAAAGAGGGUGAGGAUGGAAGUGGGACCAGUAGUCAUUUUUGUGGUUACAGGCCAUUUCUCCUGAGACACAGGACUGCUGAACUUCAACAAACCCUUAUUCUCUUACCCAUGGGGGCUAAGAAAUAGGACAGCACUUACAGGGAGAUGGACGCUUGGAAACAGAAUCAGGGGAUAGAUAUCUUUUCUUCACUAACUACCUCAACCAACUCUCAGUGCCGGCUGUCAGCCCCACCAAGUCCCUAUUUUCACACUGAGUCCGGUGUAGCCUCAAGGACACUAUUGCUAUUCUCUCUUUCUGGCUGCCACAGGCUGAAGGAUUAAAAACCAAUGUUUGCAGAGGGGGAUGGCGCCAGAUAAAUACCUAUGGUGAUUAUCUGAGGUGUAACCACCGAGUGACUUCCCUUUUGUCUACCUGACCAACUGCUACUAAGGACAGUGCAAAAGGCAGCUAACCUGGAAUGGAGACAUUACGCCUAGAAGCGAGACCCCCCAAAGAGACCUCAUGUGUUUGUCUGAAGCAAACACAUGAGGGCUUUAUUGGAGCUUAAGCUCCGGCCAUCAAUCAUCCCUGAGACAGCAGGUUAGAAUGAGCAGCCUCGAGUCUCAGGAGGGCAGAGUUUUUAAAGGGAAGAACUAACUGCAAGCCGGGAAUUCCAAGCUUUGGUGUUACCUGGUAGGGUAAGAUUGGGUGGUGGGUUGGGGGGAUCAGCAAGCGAGGUGACCUUUAGCUGAUCGUUCCAGUCACCUGGUCAGACCAGAGUUAUCGGUACAAUAGCCUGCUGGGUGGAGGACCCAUUAACAUGUUCUGUGGUAUUAACGACAGCCUGCAGGAUAGGGGCCAAGUCACUAAGGACAGUCAACUUAAGAUAGAGUCUGAGAAACAAAAUGGAGUUAGCCCUGUUAUCUUCAAUUUCUUCAGAGGAGAGAGAGGAAAACUGCUCUGUGCCCUUGACUAGUUGGGAGUAUCUCACACUUAGUGAAGAAAUACGGAAGGAAAGAUGUGCUCUGGAGCUCACUCACCCUCACCAUUUUACCCCUUUUUGUGAUUUUUCAGUGUGAUAGCCCAAAUAGCCUUAACAUGAAAAAACUCUCCUGAAUUCAUUCUUGUCUCAGUCUUCUCUCCCUUCUGCCAUAUUCCCCUUAUGAAAAACUAAGGAAUCUAAGUCUGAUCUUCACAACCAGGGAUCAAUGAGAAAGCAAUGGGUGGACAGAAAUAGGAGGGGGUGGGGUAUUUACCCUGGAGCACUGCUCCAGCAUCUGCUCAGCAUUAGAUGCAGGGAGUAAGGUGUUCAGGAGAACCUGGUGUGUGCCAAUAGCACACCUGCGGUGUGACAGGUGCUGUGCUGCUGUUUGUACACUCUUACACAAUUCCAACAGUGACAUUAUCUCUGUAGUAACUGGAUAGGAGAGCUGGCAUCCAGAAAAGCUAAGGAACUUGAUCUCUUAGCCAGUGGGGCCUCAAAACUCAUUUUCCUAUAGCUGUAUAGAAAGUUCCAUGGUCUCUCCUUCCUUGUGUUUUCCCUCCCAGAUAUCAGUGUCUAACCUUUAUGUUAGAAUCCCCGAUCAGAGCAGAGAGAGUGAGGCAUAAUUGAGGAAGCGGGAUGGGAGGGUACUCGGGAAGGUAUGUGUGGGCAGGGUUUAGACAAAGCCAGAAACAUGCCAUACCCUGGAGCUGAGUAAUCAGCUGUUAGUAGAAACUAGAAAGGGCCAGCCCCGAGAGCAGUGUCCUUGAUCCACAGGGACCCAGCCAGGAAGGUACGAGAAUAAUCCUAUUUUCCUGCUCUGAUUUGCUAAUGUCUUAUACCAGUAAAACCAAACUAAAGCCUGAGGGUAGAAAUGGCUGGGAGUGCUCUGUGGACCGGUCAGUCCCCAGGAACACGGCUCUGUCCUGUAUGCUAUCUGCUCCCUGCCCUAUUUACCUUAAAAUGAUCUUUGGCAGAACUUUGGCAGGACAAAUUGAAACGUCCAUGUGAUUGUAGGGAAGCUAGAGAAGUAUCCCCAUCCCAGAAGCCUGUCUAACUCUGAAAGGAACCUGAAGGAGACAUCCCCUCACCUGCUGUGGCUCUCUCCAUGUUUCUAGAUCGCUGGUGCCAUCAGCAUUUGAGGCAGCUCAGGUAGAGUCUUCAAUCUCAAGCCUCUGGGGAGCCAUGAACCCUUUGUCUUCAUCCAUCACAAACUCGGGGUUCUUGUUUGGCCUCCUCUUCAAAGCUACCAGUACUUUGUUUUCUCCCAUACCUAGUUUCUUGUUUAUCCCACAAUUCCUUACCCCCCAGGGCCAGACAUGUGUUUAGUUUGAGGAAUGUUGUGUCAAGAGCAGACAUAAAGCUAGAAGGUAGCCCCUUCUGGAGAACACCAGGGAGAGUGAACACCGGACCAGGAGAAGGACAGGGUGUUUUCAGGAGUUACCAAUAAAAACAACACGGAGAACAGGAACAGGCAUAAGGACUGUGGUGGGAAAGAAGCGAGGCAGCUGCAGUGUGGCAGGUUCAGCUGUAAGACUGAAACAGAAAAUGACCAGAACAGUGAGACUUUGAAACAGAGAGAUGACCCAGGCUAGCGUGUGUGGCAAUUUUCACACCCUCCUAUGAUGAUGUAUAAAACACAGAGUUUUCUCUGGGACCACAUAGGAGGGGCCAUGACCCAGAAAAGGUUGGGGUUACCCCAUAUUCCAUGUUCUGUGAUGCUGACAGCUGCAUGCAGUUUGUUGUUGCUCUUUUGGGGGGUCCAUUGGUUGGUUGGAUUUGGGGUUUGGGUUGGGUUUUGUUUAUUUUGAGUCAGACACUGUGUAACCAUGGCUAGCCUGGAAUUCAUUAUGUAGACCAGGCUGACCUCAAACUCAUAGAGGUCCACCUGUUUUUGCCUCCUAAGUACUGAGAUUAAAGUUGAGCAAAAACAUGCCCAGAAUUCAUUGUGUUUUAAUAGUAACAAGACAAAGCCAUAAAUCAGAACUUGUAAGGCCUCAGAUGCUGUCUGAUGGCAUUCUUAGCUUUCAGGGCUAGUGAAAGUUAAUGGUCCACUAAUUCAUCCCAAAAGAUUUUACCUGAUAGUCAAAAAGAUGUCCAGUCAGACAUAAAGGUGAGUAAUGAAUGGUUAUUUAAGGGGGCUAAAGAUAGCCUAACAAACUGUAAUUAAGUACCAGACCUUCAACAUUCCAACUUCUGUACAAUCAUUUAAGUUCUAAUCAGCCAACCAGCCUCUAGAAGGUUCAGUGGUGAACUUCUUUCCAGGAACUUUAGUUCACAUCUCUCCUUUCCAUCUGUCUCUCACAUUCAGUCCCUCGAAUAUAUUGUAUAUAUCUAAGAAGAAAACUCAAGAAUUAGGUUCCCAACUGACCUCCUUCAGAAAGACAGCUCUGUUUCUGCUACCAAUACACUGUCUUCUGAAGAGAUCUUUCUGGGAGCUUUCCCGUCUCCCCUUUGCUUUAAGGAUGAUGGGUUGGCUUAGUUUGCUUUCAAUGUUGCAGUCACAAGAACACAUUCUGUGAAGAAGGCAAGAGAAACUAGAGUUCCGAGAAUUUACUGGAGCAGGGCAGGUUGUCAGGCAGAAACCAAGGUUUGACAGCUGCUCACUCAGUGAGCGAGGGUUUGAGCCCCAGUACCAAAGAAAGCAGGAUGAGCUUAGAGCCCCAGACUCACCGCUGGGGUAACCUGUGUCUCUUGGUCCUUCCCCUGAGGAAGUUUUGGAGUGUUUGCCUCCCUUGCAAGAGAGAAUAGUUCCUGUUCUUGGAGACAGAGAACAGCGCCAGAGCUUAGUGAGAGGGCGGUGUGUGGGGACACCUCAGGUUCCCUAGCUAAAGGGGAGGCAAUCUGUAGGGACGCUUACAAAAUCCCGGCUGUAGACUAAAUUUGUGUCUGUGUUCUUAGUGACUCUCCCUUGUCAUGUCUCAAACACAGUGUGCCCCAUAUCUUCUGUGGAUUCAUGGUUAAGAAAGCAUCUGCUGGCAGACAGAUCUGGUUUAAAAAAAAAAAAAAAAACAAACAGCUACCUUGCUCUGGGCAUCAGAUGUCCCCAGCAAACCCUGAGCUUCAAGUCAGAAAUCACUCCUCUUUUCCAGGCAGUCCUAAAUCGCAUUGUUUAAAAAAUGGUGUUUCCUACUUCAACAUUUCCUCUGACCAUGUUUUUACUUCUGCCUACUGUAAUGUCACUGUCUCAUCCGUACAUCUGUGAGGCGGUUUGGGUUUUUUGUUUUUGGUCACUGGGCAGACAUUAGAGAGUGCACUGCACAACUAAGAAAGUGAUGUCUAUGUGGUGUCUAUGAGCACUUUGCGGGGCUGUCAUCACGUAUUAUAUACAUAUAUAUGUGAUUUUAUAUAUUCGCCUGGCCAAAAUGUCCUUAUGAAGCAAGCUCACAGCUGCUCCUCGAAAAAUCUCUUCAUAAGAUCCAGAUUUCCCAAACUGAGCCCUCAUUCUCGUUGAGCUGUCUUUACCUUACCUGCCCCUGAUGUCUGGCAUACACUCACGUUCUUUUGAAAUAAAACAAGCUUCAAAGCAGGUCUUGGUCUCAGGACUGUCUUGUGUUUAACUAGGAAGAACAAUGGGGCUGUGAGACCAGGAAACUUAGUGGUCAA